AUGAAUAUGAUGGGCAAACGUGUGAAUUAUGCAUGCCGUUCGGUGAUUACACCGGACCCCUACUUGGACGUCGAUGAAAUUGGUAUUCCUGAAUUGUUUGCGAAGAAAUUGACAGUUACAGAGUGGGCCAAUGCGAUAAAUUUGCCAAAAUUGCGAAAAAUGAUCAAGCGUGGUCCAGAUUUGCAUCCUGGGUACGAAGUUAAUAAACAUUUCUUUGAUUUUCUUUGA